CGCGAGCCAGCGGCGGUGCUGCGAUCCGAGCGAGCGAGCGAGCUCGGUGGGAGCCGAGCGCCGGGAGGGGAUCCCGGGCCAGCGCGGCCAGUUCGCUGCGGCCACCUUCCGCCGACACCAGGGAGCCUGCGGGCGGCGGCGUCACCGAUUAAUCAAAGGCAAUCUGGCUACAUUCUGAGUGCUGCCACCUGCAAGAUCACCGUAACAGAUUCCUAGGCCCAAGUGCGCCCCGCUACCAUACCCUUACCCCACCCCAGACACGACUCUGGGGUCUGCCUGAAGCCAGCAGUGUGACGAUGCCCAGCACCUUCCUAGCAUGACGACCUUGGACCAUGUGAUCGCUACCCAGCAGUCGGAGUGGGUCUCCUUCAGCGAGGAUCCACUCUUCCCCGUCCCUUCUGAGGGAGCCACUGAAGAGCACCUUGCGGGCCGGUCAUCAUCCUCAGACCAGUCCGAGAGCUCCUCCGGGGAGAACCAUGUGGCGGAUGGAGGCUCUCAGGACCUCUCCCACUCGGAGCAGGAUGACUCCUCCGAGAAGAUGGGCCUCAUCUCUGAAGCGGCCUCUCCUCCCGGGAGCCCUGCGCAGCCCCCGCCUGACCUGGCUUCAGCCAUCAGCAACUGGGUUCAGUUUGAAGAUGACACGCCCUGGACCAGCACUUCACCACCUCCUCCUAAAGAAGCAGGCCUUCCAUUGACCUUGCCCUGCUGGACAUGCCCUUCCUUCAACUCGCUGGGGAGAUGCCCUCUGACCUCUGAGAGCAGCUGGACCAUGCACUCUGAAGACACCAGUAGUCCUAGUUGCGGCCCCUCAUACACAGACCUGCAGUUCAUCAGUGCGGAGGAGCAGAUGAGUGGCAGGGCAUCUAGGGCCGACUCCACAGACGAGAGGACGGAGUGGCAGACAGGCAGGCAGACGGCGGUGAGUCCUGUUCAGGCUUGCACGGAGCAUACCUCCACCCGCACCCACGGCCUGGACCCCUCGCCACCCUCACCCCACUCCAGGAGCAGCCAGAGCCCGUGUGAGGGUCCAGAGGGGACCUCCACUCCCAAUGACAACUCUUCCUCACUCCAGGAAGAUGAAGAGGUAGACAUGGAGGCCAUCCGCUGGCAGGCCAGCAGUCCUGUCAUGAAUGGGCACGCUGCCACUCCAGUGACCUCUGCUCGUUUCCCCAGCUGGGUCACUUUUGAUGACAAUGAAGUCAGCUGCCCCUUGCCACCUGUCACCUCUCCUCUGAAGUCAAACAUGCCGUCUAUUGCAUCUGUGACCCCAGAUGAGCCUUAUUACUCAACUGGCUCAUUUAAGAAGAGGGAACGUCCCAAGAGCACGUUGAUGAACUCCAAAAUUCAGAAGCUGGACGUUUCCUCCUUAAACCAUCCGCCUCCCAUAGCCGAGGCUCCGCCUUGGAGGGCCACCAACCCUUUCCUGAAUGAGACUCUCCAGGAUGUACAACCCUCCCCAAUCAACCCUUUCAGUGCUUUCUUUGAGGAGCAGGAGAGGCGCUCCCAAACCAACUCCACAUCUGGCACCACAGGCAAAAGCCAGAGGGACUCUCUCAUUGUCAUCUACCAGGAUGCCAUCAGUUUUGAUGACUCAAGCAAAAACCAGUCACACUCUGAUGCUGUUGAAAAACUCAAACAACUCCACAUUGACGAUCCCGAUCACUUAGGCAGUGCGACACUGCCCGAUGAUGACCCAGUAGCCUGGCUCGAACUCGACCACCCGCCUGGCUCAGCACCUUCCCAGCCCAGGGACGGGUGGCCAAUGAUGCUAAGGAUCCCCGAGAAGAAAAACAUCAUGUCCUCCAGACACUGGGGACCCAUCUACAUCAGACUGACAGCUGCUGGUUACCUGCAGCUGUAUUACGAGCAGGGCCUAGAGAAACCAUUCCGAGAGUUCAAGCUGGAGAUCUGCCAUGAGAUUUCAGAACCCCGGCUCCAAAACUAUGAUGAGAAUGGCAGGAUCCACAGCCUGAGGAUCGACAGAGUCACAUACAAGGAAAAGAAGAAAUACCAGCCCAAACCUGCUGUCGCCCACACAGCCGAGAGGGAACAAGUGAUUAAGCUGGGCACCACCAAUUACGAUGACUUUCUGAGUUUCAUCCGUGCGGUCCAGGACCAUCUCAUGGACCUGCCCGUGUUGUCCAUGGAUUUGAGCACAGUCGGCUUGAACUACCUGGAAGAGGAGAUUACCGUGGAUGUCAGGGAUGAAUUCUCUGCCCUCGUGAGCAAAGGGGACCACCGGAUUCUCCAGCACCACGUCUUGACACGGAUCCACAUCCUGAGUUUCCUCUCGGGGCUGGCAGAGUGCCGCUUGGGCCUCAACGACAUCCUGGUCAAAGGGAACGAAGUCGUUUCCCGGCAAGACAUCAUGCCGACCACCACCACCAAGUGGAUCAGGCUCCAUGAGUGCCGUUUCCACGGGUGUGUGGAUGAGGAUGUGUUCCACAGCUCCCGGGUUAUCCUGUUCAACCCUCUGGACGCGUGCCGCUUCGAGCUGAUGCGCUUCAGGACAGUGUUUGCUGAGAAGACCUUGCCUUUCACGCUUCGGACGGCUGCGAGCAUCAACGGGGCAGAGGUGGAGGUGCAGAGCUGGCUAAGGAUGUCCACCGGCUUCUCCUCCAACUGUGACCCCCUCACUCAGGUUCCCUGUGAGAACGUGAUGGUUCGCUACCCUGUGCCCAGUGAGUGGGUGAAAAACUUCCGCAGGGAAAGCGUCCUGGGGGAGAAGUCUCUGAAAGCCAAGGUCAACCGGGGGGCCAGCUUUGGUUCCACCAGUGUGUCUGGCUCGGAGCCUGUCAUGAGAGUGACUCUGGGGACUGCCAAGUACGAGCAUGCCUUCAACUCCAUCGUGUGGAGGAUAAACCGGCUGCCUGACAAGAACUCGGCUUCUGGUCACCCACACUGUUUCUUCUGCCACCUUGAACUUGGCUCGGACCGGGAAGUGCCUUCCAGAUUUGCCAGUCACGUGAAUGUCGAGUUCAGCAUGCCCACCACUUCAGCCUCCAAAGCUGCUGUAAGAUCCAUCUCUGUGGAAGACAAGACGGACGUCAGGAAAUGGGUCAAUUAUUCCGCACACUACAGCUACCAGGUGGAGAUUGAGCAAAAAAAGAGUUUGAAGCCGGACUUUGAAGGAGAUGAAGUGGAAAACCCCAAGGAGUGUGGGGUCCAGUGAUGAAGCCCCACUGAGAGGCUGUGACCUAAGAGUCCCAAUAAGACAUCUUCCUGAAUAGAUGAAGUUUAAGUCAGUACCUACAUGACUACCCCAUGCUGGGAGCAGUGCAUUGGACCUUGCUAUCGGUAGUUGCCUAUGUGUGAACAGGAGACCCGAGGCGGCUGCUGUGAAGAGGCUCUGACUGCCUGAAGCAGCUGGUUCACCUGACGUGGGAGCUCACUCACGAGGCCUCCUCUGCCUCUGCUUAUCUCACAGCACUUGGGAGUGGUUUAUUGUGACUAGGAGAGUCAGGAAAAGAGCCUCCGCAUCAGUGUUGGCAUGAUUUCCUUCUAGUGUUCUUCUGUCAUUUACAUGAAUUUUCUGGAAAACACGGUCUUGAGGAGUUAAUUAAGAACCCAUCUCUGUCACUCCCUCUAGAAAAGGUUCAGAAAAGGCACAAAACAAAUUUCCUCUGUAGGUUUCCUUGUCCUUUCGUAGGUGUCUCCAUUCUUUGUAUAUGAAUACUAUGCAACUGACGUUUUCGAGAUCCUAAACUGUCUGAAUGAAACACUUUUUCCCAUCUCUCUAAGGUUUUGGUCACAGGAUGGGAAAAAGGCACAGUGAGAUACUUUUUUAUUCUGUGAUUAGCUCCACAUUCUGCAGAGGUUGGCUGUUGGAAGGAAAGCAAAAUUGAACUUAUUUUUCUUCAUUCUGGGGGAAAGGGACAUUCAUUGUAAGGUUAUGUUCAAUUCAGGAGACAGCUUCACUCUCAGUGAAUUCCCAAAUUCACAUUGAAAAAUAUAGGCCAUUUCUGAUUUCUGCAACAAGUGGAUAUAUGUGUUAUACCUCAGGCAUUUGGGAACUCUUUUUAUACCUCAUAGCCAAUAGGGGAGCGUGUGUCUCUAUAACUCAGAUUUUCAGGAAAUGGAUGCUGAAGAGAUCAUUUCAAAGCUGUUUUAAAACUAAGCUUAUCUGAGCUUUUUCACAAAUUCAGAGUUUGACAAGCACAGUAUUGUGAUAGAUCUAAAAGGCAGAAGACGCUAGGGUAGAGAUGGCGGGAAAGCCAUACUUUUUAAACAUUGAUUUUAAGAGUCUGGGACACUCAAUCUUCUUUACCUUCAUCCAUUCUGGCUCACUUUCUGCACCUCUGCUUCUUAUUUGUUCAUUGGUGUUUUCUUACCACACAAGAAGCUACAUCAGCCAUCCCAAAGGGGAUACCUGCUCAACAAUUCAAAGGCAGCCUCUCUCUGCCUUUCUGUAUCUCCAUGAAGAAUGGAAGAGGGGACAGAGAGCACGUUGAUCAGAUUUGUAGAUGACACAGAAAUAGACAUAUGUCUAGUUUGUUGACCAGCAGAUUCAGGAUUAACUUAUUCAAUGAAUAGUAGUUGAAUUCUAACUGUGUACUGAUACUAGGAUAUAGGGAUCAUUAUAGUUUUGUUUUUUGUUUUUAAACACCUGAGUAUAAGACUGAAAUUAAAAAGAUGAAAUUGAAGCAUUAAUGAGAAACUAUAUUUUGAGUUUUCUUAAAUGCAACCCUCUAAGAACAGCAUGGUAUAUGUAUUGUGUAUAGUGUGUGUGUGUGUGUGUGUGUGUGUGUGUGUAUUGAUGGGAGGGUGUUGGAAAGUUAUAGUUUCACAGCAGGUCAUGUAGAAAUGUUUUCUUAUGGAAAUAGGAAUUCAGUUUUGAAUCAGGAGUAUAUUGUGGCUAUUCAUAAAGCUAUUUCAUUCAACCUGUGGUAAUAGAAGUCCAGGGAGCCCUGCAAGCUGCACUGGUAAGACCACAUCUGGAUGGAGGGUUAGGUUCAAUUCUGGGUACUGUAUUUUGAGAGAGACAUUAAUACAUUGAUUAUGUCCAGAGACAGAUGGUCAGGAUUGUGAAGGGUCUGAUUAUACAAUGAACAGGGGAAUAGAUCCCUGAAGAACAGAAGGUAUAGCUAGAAAGGAAGUACAGAAAAGGAAGAAAUUAUAUAAUAGGUGCAUUGAAAUUUGUUGAGCUAUAAAAUAGGACAGGACUUAGACUUAUUCUGUGUAGCUUCAAAGGGCAAAAAUAGGAACAAAGGGAAACUUGAUACAUGACAGAUGUUUGCUUCAAUAUAAGAAAGCUUUCUAAUAAGAGUUGUUUUAAAGAGGAAUGGGCUCAAUAGCAAAAUUUCCUGUUGCUGCAAAUGCUCAGGCAAAAGUUAAAAUAAUGAUCUUCAAAAGGUUCUCUUACAUUGGAUUUGAGCUGGAUAACUAAGAUCCCUUCUACAUUCAGUAGUAAUAGGGCUCUCUGACUCUAGGAGUAGUUUUUCAUGCUCUUUGAAAUAUAGUGGGGUCCCCCAGUGAGCAGUGUCAAGUGAGGGUUCCAGAGCAUUUCCCUUCCCCUCUCAUACUAAAGGCAGAUGAGAUUCCUCA